GCUUACACCGUCAGAUUACGUUCACCGCUAGGCCUGUACGGACCUCCGGCGUGUGUUCCUCCUCACCAUGUCUCUGUGUAGUCCCGCUCGCCCUUACACACUAUGGGCUUGGGUGUGUGUGUACGUGUGGGUUUUGGCAUGCCCAGUUGAUGCCCGUUUUACAGUGUGGUGGAAUUCGCCUACGGAGAUGUGUCAGCAUUUCGGAAUCUAUAUAAAUGUUUCCCAAUACGGGAUCGUCCAAAACACUGGUGACAAAUUCUACGGUGAUAAGGUCACCAUUUUCUACGGCCCGGGAGUUUUUCCAGUGUUUAAGGGCAACACGACGGUCAAUGGAGGAAUUCCCCAGAAAGGCAAUAUUUCCCUACAUGUUCGAACCUUCAUGAAACAGGUCGAAAGCCAAAUGAAGCCGGACUUUGAAGGAGCUGCCAUCCUGGACUUCGAGACCUACUACCCGAACUAUGAAAUGAGUCCGGAGCAGUACCGCCACGCCUCCAUCGAGUGGGUGACGGCGCUGCACCCUGAUUGGUCGCCGCAGCUCAUUGCCCAGACCGCCGAGAGGACCUUCAACGACUCUGCUCGGGAGUACUACCAGCUGCUUCUGUGGGCCGGUCGAGAGCUCCGGCCAAAAGCUGAAUGGGGUUAUUACCAUUAUCCUUACUGCCAUAACUACGGACCGGGAGUUGGUGACUGCAAACCCGCUGUGAUGAAGAGCAAUGACGAAACCAUGUGGCUCUUCGAAGGCAGCUCGGCCCUGUACCCCAGCAUCUACAUCUUCAAGAACAGUGGCUGGGACCCUCGAACCCGACGUCUCAAUACCAUGGGGCGUUUGGGUGAGGCAGUGAGGGUGAGGCGCAACUCGGGGAAAGAUAUGCCCAUAUACCCUUACUUCUGGUACAAGUACCACGACUCUCCCUCCUUCCUGAUACCCAUAGACGUCGUAAAUACCCUCGGGUACUCCAGAAUGCUCGGGCUGGAAGGAGCUGUGGUCUGGGGUUCGAAACGUGACGUCGAUACAAAAGAAAAAUGUCUCGCCAUGAAGAACUACGUGGAGACCGGCUUGGGUCCCCUGGUUCAGUACCUAAGCGACCUGCCUCUUUCGACCGUGCGCUCCGUGAUCAACUCCCGGCGUUUCCUGAAGAAGUUGGCGUCCACGGCUCUGAGGGAAGGGCGGAGGAAGAGGAAGAAGAACCGUGGCCAAGGCGUUGUUUAAAAAAAAGGUGUUGAGAGAGAGAGAGGGAGAGAGAAAGAGAAAGGGAAAGAGAGAGUGGGAGAGAGAGGAAAUAAAAGAACGAGUUCGUUUUUUUUUCGUUUGGUAAAUUUUCGUGUAAUUUUGUUGUUAUUGAUCUGAUAAAGUGAGUUACAAUACGUGUGUGAUUCGUUCGA